AUGCUUCAGGUGCAGGCCCGCCGUCAGGACGAACAGGUCCGCCGUCAGGAAGAGCAGGAACGCCGAUUGGAAGAACAGCUGCAGCGUGACAAGGAGGAGCAGGCCCGCCCUCAGGAGGAGCAGAUCCGCCGUCAGGAGGAGCAGGCCCGCCGCCAGGAGGAACAGAACGCCGUCAGGAGGAGCAGGCCCGCCGCCAGGAGGAACAGAACGCCGUCAGGAGGAGCAGGCCCGCCGCCAGGAGGAACAGAACGCCGUCAGGAGGAGCAAAUGCUCUUGUUAAAAGGCAUUCAUGAGACCUUCAGCAAAGAACUAUGGAGUGAAGGAUCAGGUUCUUCAACACGAGGUUGA